GGAUACGACAGCGCGUCGCCGCAGUGACAUAAAAGGACGCUCGUCAGUGGUGAACCGCAAACCAAUGGGCAGCCCCUUGGGAGGUGCAAUUCCCUACUGAUAAGGGAUUAAAGGUCUGCGUCAUUUCACCACCCGGCCGAUCUCGAGAAGGAAGCACUGUUGCAAAGUCUCAGUUCCAGGGCGUCACCAUUCGCCAUUAUCGACUUCACCGUCAACUUCACGUCAACGUCGUUCCCGCGCGAAACCAAUCGCGCUCAGCAUCCUCAUCAUAGAGAAGAACCUGAAAUCACCCGAGCGUUUUGAUUGGUGAAAUAACCCUUUGACUGCCGUCACAUCGAAAUUUCGUCUCUCCCUUCUGGCUUUUGAGAGUCAGGGGCGUAAAACAGCUACCACUUUGGGACCAUCGGAUGGCCACGAUGGAGCAACCUCACAAACACACUAGCGAAACGGACACGAGGCCAGGACCUGAAAAUGCCGAACCGAGCUCUAUGCGUUCGGAAGAUCGAAUCGCUGGAAUCGAUGAUGGGUCCGAAGAGGUAGCGAGGAAACCAAGUGUCGAAGAAGACGCAACGAAGGACAAGAAAAUCUUUGGACUUGAAAAGAGAGUCGCUGAUUUGGAAGCCCAUAUCAAGAGAAUGACCGAGCGACAUGGACGUGAUACGGAGAUUGCCAGUGAAUCGAUCACGAAAAAGAAUGAGCAGAUUGAUGUGAUGAGGAUCAAAAUCAACCGUUACGAAUUUGCCGUCAAGGAAGCAAUCCUCUUCCUGGGCAAACCUAUGCUGAGUUACGAAGAAUGGCUGAAUCGGGGCACGCUGAGCGAGACUUCCUCGCAAUCUCAAACCCCGAUGCCACCGGGGACUCCCGGAGGGAACUUUAAAGGGGCACAACUGGGGAUUGAGGGCAGAGGUCGGUCGUUUGUGGACAAUAUGAGCGACAUUAGUAGCAGCAGUCCGUCCAAAAUUCAGCCUACUCCAGCCCAGAUGGCUGAGAAGCAGCAGCUGCAGGCAGCAUCGAAUUUCGACAGCUUCACUUUUUCCGCCAAAAGGGUGGCCACAGCGGCCGGCAUGCCCCCGAAUUUCGAAGUGCAGAUGAUGGAAUGCAUGAGAUUGGCGCUGAACUACUUGAAGAACGCUCAAUCGUCGGUUUUGGCUAUGAUACCAGGCAAGGCAAAAUCGAACGAAGAAUUGCCUAGGCUGAACGUCGAGGGAGAUGAGACCAGCACAGACUCGACAACACCGGCUGGAGGCCAUGGACGCGGAUCCGUCGAUUCAACUGCGGAAAUAAAUGAAGCGAAAAUGCUGGGUCCUCCAGGAACGUCAACGAGAAGACAAUCCGCCUCAGACGUUGGGAUUUAUCGGCGGAGUGCGUCCGGAGAACUGCUCGUGAGUGGAACGCAAACGCCUACUCUGGCGUCCAAAGUGGGCAGGUCGGCCGCCCACGAAAGGCACGUCUCAGCUCAAAAGGCCGCCGCCGCUCUCUUCCAUGCCGCGACUUCAUUACCAGAAGACGAUGAAAGCGAUUUAGCCACCAAUCCGCAACGCGCACCCAGUGCGCCGAGCACGCCAACCUUGAGUGGUAGAUGUAGUAAUUGCAGAGAAAUGCAGCUAAAGAUGCAUCAGCACCAGAAUACGAUUGAAGCUUUGAAAGGCGACAUCAAUGAUCUCGCUGACCAGCUAGAGGAGGAGCGGACCGUGCGGGAGAGGAUUCAAUUGAGCAAAGACAUAUUAGAUCAAGAGCUCGAGGAACUCACGGCUCAAUUAUUCGAUCAAGCAAAUCGAAUGGUCGUUGACGAGGCGAAAAUGAGGGACGAGUUGGAGCAAUCCAACCGGCAGCUUCGAGGAGAGCUUGGCGAGGUUGUACAGAAUUUCCAACGGCGUGACGAUGAACUUCGCGCCAUGCGUACUGCUUUGCGGGCUCUAGAGAACGCAAAGUUGAGAUCUAAUUCAGUAUCGAACAUCACCGGACUCAGUGGGCUCAGCCCCACCUCACCUCUAGGGUCUUUGUCGAACCUUACGGGUGGUGGAGCAUAUGGAAACACGGGCUCGUUGAGACGAGCGAGCGCGCGUCGAGGCUCCGUCAUCGGUUCGCCGUAUGGGUCGAACCCUACGUUAGCGAUGCAACAGAUGAAUCCCAGUCUCAUCGUCGACGGCAUCAUUUUUUCAGAAUUCCAAGAUCACGUCAAGGAAGCCGUGUCCUCUUCUGCGGUCAACAGCAAUGCCGCAGGCGCAACCAACUUCAUUAAACGGUGCAUGGCUGAAGAUGUUGAGCCAUGCCUGUUCUAUAGCUACUCGCAAGAGUCUGGAGGACUUUUCAAGCACUCAGCAGGACUGAGUACUUCCGGGAAACGGAAACUCUUGGAGAAUGUUAUUCGAGGAUGGUGUGAUAUCGCUCGCCAUUGGUCAUCAAAUUCGACGCUUUCGCCACACUCCCCAGGCAAUCAGGCCCAGGUCGGCAUACCGCGCAAUGCGGCGUCCGGGACGUCGUCACAUCAGAACAAGCCUCCACCAAAAGCCAAAUGCCUCACAUGCACCCUGACACGUGACUGCGAAUUCAAGAUUCGCUUUGUUCCUCCCCAACCGGUGUCCGUCAGAGGAUCAAUCAAUAAUCUCUCAUCCUCACCAUCAUCCGGGACCCUUAUACCACCAACAGACGCAGCAUGGAACCCCAUUUGCCGCUUCUGCCGGGACCGCGUGCUCGCCGCCCUUGAGUUCUUUGCGUUCCUCGCUCACAUCCGCGAGGGCGUCAAACAAGGCGCGACGUUAUUGGGGAUGUUUCGUCAGGCGCUAUGGCUUCGGCGGCGGAUGGCGAUAUGCAGGAUCGGCAGCAGUGCGCUGUUUGAAGGGGACGUGGGGGCUACGGGAUACACCGGCGGCGGGGGGGGUCGCUUCGAAGCUGGUGGCGAAUGGGAGAAGUGGGUGCAUAUUCUGCCGUGACCUAGCUAAUCUAAUCUAAUUCAUGCGGCGGGACUUCCGCGGCGCCUUGAAAUCAUAUACUAUCACUUCGAACCACGUACGACAUGGGAAGGUGGAACCACAGUAGCUUCCUCUGUUAGGCCCAUCUAGUCGUUUCAUCAGAACCAAGCAGCUGACAUCUACCGUCGAAUGCGCUGUGGAGUGGUACUGCUCCUGACCCAUGUCUGCCUAGCAGGCCAUCCCAUGAGUAAGAACGCCAAGUUCAUCGCUUUAUACACAGCGCUAGCGAA